AUAACUUGUGUACGUAAGAAUUAAGUAAUUCAUUAUUUUUAAGAAUUUGAAAAAUUAUAAAUACAGUAUAUCGAAUUUUCCAAUACAGAUACUCGUAACAAAGAUGGAACUAAUAAAUGUAAAUCAAGAAAAUUCUUUUAAUCCAACACCAAAAUUAAAAUCUAGUCCCAUACCAAUUUUUUUUGUUUCUUUUAAUGGGGAUGAUAAUAUUUGUAUUCAUUGUGGAGAAAAAUACACAAUGACGUUAAUUUAUGAACAAAAAUAUUGUAAAAAAUGUUUAUCGAAUUAUUUAACUAAUAUGGAUAAUGAUUCUAGUAAACAUAAGACCGAUACUAGAAGUGGAACCGUUAUAAUUGAUAAUAUCAAUAUGUACUUGGACGUAUAUUUAUUAAAAAAAGACUUGGAAUGUAGUAAAUAUGAAAUAAGUGAAACAAAAGUAUCGCAGAAUAUUCAAGAAUGCUGUAGAAAUUGUUUGAUAAUAUUAUUUUUUAAACAAAUAAUUGGUCGUUAUCAUAAUUUUUAUUAUAAUUAUCAGGAUUUGAGUACUAAAUACAAAAACGUGAUUGAAAGUGAAAGAUAUUGUAAACUAUGUGGAAAAUUGUUAUAUCAAGGAACAGAUCAUUAUAUAAUGAGAGAAUUUAAAUUAUGUUCAAAUUGUUAUCUAAUUUCUUCUGGAUGUAUAGAAUCAACCUUAACUAAAAAAGUUAUUUCAAUUGUUUAUUUGCCGUGGUGGGAAAAUACAUCUGAUUGUUAUUGUUAUGAAAAAUUAGUAUUUACAUCAAACUGUCAAAAAUAUUGUGAGAAUUGUUUUAUAUUUUUAAUUGGAUGUAGAUAUUGUUUAACAACAAAUAUUAUUUUUGGAAUUACAAAUCAAUCACAAUGUAAAAAAUGUAAAAGAGUAUCAAUUAUUAUACUAGAAAACAAAAAGAUUAUUAGUAUUAACAGCGGGAAUAAUGUUUUAGAUGAUUUUCUUAUUAGUAUAAGACAUGAUCAAUUAAAAAUAGCUAAAUUCGCCAACGAUUUAAAAAAUAUUGAUAAAUAUUUCGUUCCAUCCAAAAUUUGUGAUUAUUCUUUAUGCGGUAAAGUUUUUUCAGAAAAAUUAAUGAAAUAUAUACCAUACCAUAUUCUCAAUUUACAAAUGUAAAAAAAAUAACAGAAGGAGGAUUUGGUAUUGUAUAUCUAGCAACUUUGAUAGAUGGUUCCAAAUAUUUAACGAAUUAUGAUGAAUAUGAUACGAAAAAUAGAGAUAAGCUUGUCAUUUUAAAAAGAUUUAAAAACUUUCAAUAUGCUAAAAAUUAUUUUAUGAGUGAGUUGAAAACAAAUCAUCAUUGUUAUAAAUCUAUAUAUAAUGUUAUUAAAACAUUUGGUUUUACAAAAGAUCCAAAAUUGAAUGAUU